AUGAAACAGAUUCUGAUCCUGUGUGUGUUGGUGGCACUCUCACAGUGCAUCAGGGUACCGCUGAUCAAGGGCAAAACUGCACGGCAGAGGCUGCAGGAGCAAGGUCUAUGGGAGGAAUACAGAAAGAAACAUCCUUAUGCCCCCUGGGUCAAGUUUGAUCAGACUGGCCAAGAGUCCAUGACCAAUUAUGCUGAUCUUUCUUACUAUGGUGUGAUUACCAUCGGAACUCCUCCUCAGUCCUUCACAGUGGUUAUGGACACAGGCUCAUCUAAUCUGUGGGUGCCGUCUGUGUACUGUUCCAGCCAAGCCUGCGAGAACCAUAAGCAGUUCAAUCCACAGCAAUCCAGCACAUUCCGGAGCACCUAUCAGUCUCUCUCUAUUGCGUAUGGCACAGGCAGCAUGACCGGAUUCAUUGGAAAUGACACUGUGACGGUUGGUGGAAUUUCAGUGCAAAAUCAGGUCUUCGGACUGAGUGAAACUGAGGCACCCUACAUGGCUAGCAUGACGGCAGAUGGUAUCCUGGGUCUGGCCUACAAAUCCAUUGCCUCUGAUGAUGUCACUCCUGUCUUUGACAACAUGAUGAGUCAGGGCUUGGUCUCCCAGGACCUCUUCUCAGUCUACCUGAGCAAUGAGCAAGAGGGUAGCAUGUUGUUCCUGGGAGAGAUUGACAGCUCCUACUACAAUGGCAGCAUCUACUGGAUCCCAAUUUCCUCUGAGACCUACUACCAGAUCAACAUGGACAGUGUUUCUAUCAAUGGGCAGGCUGUUGCUUGCACUGGAGGAUGUCAGACUAUUAUUGACACUGGCACUUCCUUUAUUGUUGGCCCAACAUCAGACGUCACUUACCUUAAUUCCAGGCUGGGCGCCACAUUAGACCAAGAUGGAUAUUAUAAGUUGAAUUGUGACACCAUCCAGAGCCUGCCUUCAAUUUCCUUCACCCUUAAUGGCUACCCCUUCUCCAUCCCUCCUUCAUCCUAUGUCAGUCAGGACUAUUAUGGCUGCACAACACGUUUUGGUCGUAGUGCGGGCUCUCUAUGGAUUUUGGGUGAUGUUUUCAUCCGAAACUAUUAUACCAUCUUUAACAGGCAGACCAACAGUAUUGGCUUGGCUCAGGUUGCUUAA